ACGGCGGAAGAUGAAAGUUAACACUUCCGGAAACAUUUGCGCGUAGGCUAGUGGAAGAUGCUAUCAGCGUUUGUUUGAGCAUCAGUCUGAUUAUUACAGGACUAAACCCGCUGGAUUCCUCGGAUUACUGACGGAUAUGAUCGCUGAAGGCGACUGAGGCGUGGAAUGCAGAGAAACGAGCGCGGAAGUGAGAGGAAGUGACCGGAAGCGGCGGCAGCUUUUGUUCGCGUAAUACACAAGCAUCUGAUCGCGCUCGUGUUUGUGUCCCGAGCAAUGAGCCGCUGACGGACGCAGACAGGAUUCGACCCGUGAUCAUGAUCUGACGCUCGGCCCGUGGUGCAGCGGUCACUCAUGGCGCUCUUCCGCGAGUUCCAGGCUCCGCCGGAGUGUCCGGUGUUCGAGCCCAGCUGGCAGGACUUCAGCGACCCGUUCAGCUUCAUCCGCAGGAUCCGAGAGAUCGCCGAGAACACGGGCAUCUGCAAGAUCCGACCUCCGCAGGGCUGGCAGCCUCCCUUCGCCUGCGACGUUCACAGUUUCCGCUUCACUCCUCGAAUCCAGCGGCUCAAUGAGUUGGAGGCCCUCACCAGAGUCAAGCUCAACUUCCUCGACCAGAUCGCCAAGUUCUGGGAGCUCCAGGGCUGCAAACUGCGCUUUCCUCACGUGGAGAGAAAAUUGCUGGACCUGUACCUGCUGAGCAAGCUGGUGUCUGCAGAAGGAGGUUUUGAGGUGGUCUGUAAGGAGAAGCGCUGGUCCAGGAUCAGCAGUCGCAUGGGUUUUCCAGCCGGGAAAGGUGUGGGGUCACUGCUGCGCUCUCACUUCGAGCGGAUCCUGUAUCCGUAUGAGCUCUUCCAGACCGGAGUGACGCUGACCAGCGUUCACAGGCUUUACCCAGAAGCCCCUGACACCGAGGAUGUGGAUGAAGGCAUUGGAGGAGGAGAAGAAGAGGGCACAGAUGAGGAUGAAGAGGAGAGACGAGCGGAGAGACGUUCCCCUCGACGGCUCAAGGACGAGAGAGAAAACACGGAGCCCAAAGCCGUGCAGGUGUUCAGAUUAGACAUCAUGGCAGCAGAUGACGAGGGCUUCCUCAGGAAACAGAAGCACAUGAGGGCUCAGGCGUUUGCUUUUAAAAUGCGUCCGCGCAAGGAGGUUCUGGAGGUCAAUUAUAUCGACCUGUACAUGUGCAUGGCGUGUGGGCGGGGCGACGAGGAGGACCGCCUCCUGCUGUGUGAUGGCUGUGAUGACAGCUACCACACCUUCUGCCUGAUCCCGCCGCUGCAGGACGUGCCCAAAGGAGACUGGCGCUGCCCCAAGUGUGUGGCAGAGGAGUGCAGCAAGCCUCGCGAGGCGUUCGGCUUCGAGCAGGCCGUGCGCGAGUACACGCUCCAGAGCUUCGGCGAGAUGGCCGACCACUUCAAGUCUGAUUACUUCAACAUGCCUGUUCACAUGGUGCCCACGGAGCUGGUGGAGAAGGAGUUCUGGCGUCUGGUCAGCAGCAUCGAGGAGGACGUGAUCGUGGAGUACGGCGCUGAUAUCAGCUCCAAAGACAUGGGCAGCGGAUUCCCAGUGCGAGACGGCAAGAGAAAACUCAUCGGCGACGAGGAUGAGUAUGCGAGCUCGGGCUGGAAUCUGAACAACAUGCCGGUGCUGGAGCAGUCGGUGCUGACGCACAUCAGCGGGGACAUCAGCGGCAUGAAGGUGCCCUGGCUGUACGUGGGCAUGUGCUUCUCGUCCUUCUGCUGGCACAUCGAGGACCACUGGAGCUACUCCAUCAACUACCUGCACUGGGGCGAGCCCAAGACCUGGUACGGCGUUCCAGCACACGCCGCCGAGCAGCUGGAGUCCGUCAUGAAGAAAGUGGCUCCGGAGCUCUUCGACUCUCAGCCAGACCUCCUGCAUCAGCUGGUCACCCUGAUGAACCCCAACCUCCUCAUGGAGCACGGCGUCCCGGUGUACCGGACCAAUCAGUGCGCGGGAGAGUUUGUCGUCACCUUCCCAAGAGCCUAUCACAGCGGCUUCAAUCAAGGCUACAACUUUGCUGAGGCAGUCAACUUCUGCACUGCAGACUGGCUGCCCAUCGGGAGGCAGUGUGUGGCGCAUUACCGGCGUCUGCAGCGCUACUGCGUCUUCUCCCAUGAGGAGCUGGUGUGUAAGAUGGCGGCCGAUCCGGAGAGUCUGGACGUGGAGCUGGCGGCGGCUGUGGUCCGAGAGCUCGGAGACAUGAUCGAGGUGGAGAGCCGACUGAGAGCAGCCGUGCAGGAGACGGGGGUGCUGUGCUCGGAGCAGGAGGUGUUUGAGCUGGUGCCUGAUGACGAGCGGCAGUGCUGGAAGUGCAAGACCACCUGCUUCCUGUCUGCGCUCACCUGCAGCUGCAGCCCGCAGCGUCUGGUGUGUCUGCAUCACGCAGCCGAGCUCUGCAGCUGCGCAGCCAGCAACAAGUGCCUGCGGUACGCCUCUGACACACACAGCUACGCCAAGCUUUCACUGCACUGUGCUGCGUCUGUGGCGCAGCUGCUGCUCAGCCAGAAGCAGAGGCACAGAGAGCGUCCCGAGAGCAGCGCACAGAAAGCUGGCAGCAAGCUGACGGUGGAGGAGCUGAAGGUGUUUGUGGAGCAGCUGUACCGCCUGCCCUGCGUCAUCAGCCAGGCCCGACACGUCAGGGAGCUGCUGGAGAGCGUGCAGGACUUCCACGAGCGGGCGCAGGCGGCGCUGGCCGACGAGACUCCGGACUCCGGGAAGCUGCAGGCGCUGCUGGAGCUGGGCUCAGGGCUGGAGCUGGAGCUGCCGGAGCUGCCGAGGCUCAAGCAGGAGCUGCAGCAGGCGCGCUGGCUGGACGAGGUGCGGCUGACGCUGAUGGAGCCGCAGCGCCUCACGCUGGAGCUGAUGAAGCGGCUGAUCGACUCGGGCGUGGGCCUGCCGCCCCAUCACGCCGUAGAGAAGGCCAUGGCCGAGCUGCAGGAGCUGCUGACGCUGUCCGAGCACUGGGAGGAGCGGGCGCGCGCCUGCCUGCAGGCCAGGCCUCGCCACAGUCUGCUGACGCUGGAAAGCAUCGUGAUGGAGGCCAAGAAUAUCCCAGCGUACCUGCCCAAUGUUCUGGCCCUCAGAGACGCCCUGCACAAAGCCAGAGAGUGGACGGCCAAAGUGGCGGCCAUUCAGAACGGCAAUAACUACGCCUACCUGGAGCAGCUGGAGGGUCUGUUAAUGAGAGGACGCUCCAUCCCGGUCAGAUUAGAGGCUCUGCCGCAGGUGGAGUCACAGGUGGCUUCUGCUAGAGCCUGGAGAGAGAGAACCGCCCGCACCUUCCUGAAGAAGAACUCCACCUACACCCUGCUGCAGGUGCUCAGUCCGCGUGUGGACAUCGGCGUGUACGGCAGCAGCAAGAGCAAGCGCAAGCGUGUCAAAGAGCUGCUGGAGAAGGAGUGCGGCCUGGAGCUGGACACUCUGAGCGACCUGGAGGACAGUGUGGAGGACACGCGUGACCCCGCCGCCGUCGUGGCCGCCUUCAAAGCUCGAGAGCGGCAGGAGCUGGAGGCCAUCCACUCGCUCCGCGCCGCUAACCUGGCCAAGAUGGCCCUGGUGGAGCGCAUCGAGGAGGUGAAGUUCUGUCUAUGCCGUAAGACAGCCAGCGGCUUCAUGCUGCAGUGCGAGCUGUGCAGGGACUGGUUCCACGGAGUCUGCGUGCCGCUGCCCAAAGCCGGCUCGCAGAAGAAGCUGGUGUCCGGCAGCAAAGAGAGCAAGUUCCUGUGUCCGCUGUGUCAGCGCUCGCGGCGGCCGCGGCUGGAGACCAUCCUGUCCCUGCUGGUGUCGCUGCAGAAGCUGCCAGUGCGGCUGCCCGAGGGAGAGGCGCUGCAGUGUCUGACCGAGAGAGCCAUGGGCUGGCAGGACCGCGCUCGACAGGCCCUGGCCACCGACGAGCUCUCCUCCGCCCUGGCCAAGCUCUCCGUGCUCAGCCAGCGCAUGGUGGAGCUUGCCGCGCGAGAGAAGACCGAGAAGAUCAUCAACGCUGAGCUGCAGAAGGCGGCCGCCAACCCCGACCUGCAGGGCCACAUCCAGACCUUUCAGCAGGCCGGUUUCAGCAGGGCCACGUCACCACGGCCCUCUGUGGACUAUGACGACGAAGAGACGGACUCCGACGAGGACAUCAGAGAGACUUAUGGAUAUGACGUAAAGGACUCAGGAGAGGUGAAGCCGUACUUGUUCUGUGACGAGGAGAUUCCUGUGAAGUCGGAGGAGGUGGUCAGUCACAUGUGGCCCACGACACCAUCUUUCUGCACGGAGCACGCGUACUCCUCUGCCUCGAAGUCCUGUCCUCAGAAUCAGGCGGCACCGCGCAAGCAGCCCAGGAAGACGCCGCUGGUGCCGCGCAGCCUGGAGCCUCCGGUGCUGGAGCUCUCACCGGCGGCCAAGGCCCAGCUGGAGGAGCUGAUGAUGGAGGGAGACCUGCUGGAGGUGUCUCUGGACGAGACGCAGCACAUCUGGAGGAUCCUGCAGGCCACACACCCGCCCUCAGAAGACAAGUUCCUGCAGGUCAUGGAGCCUGAGGACGCUUCGCUGGACAAACACGUCAAGCUGAAGCUGAAGGACGUGGAGAGGAAGAGGAAGAGGAAGCUGGAGCGAGCCGAGCAGCAGCUGCUUCUGGCCACCGGCGGUGUGCAGGGACGGUCCAAGUCCAAAGACAUCAAACGGGUUCUGGAGCUCAAGCCCAAGAAGAAGAAGCUGAAGCUGAACCCGGACAAGUCCCGCGAGCUGAAGCAGCUGGCCAAGCGUCUCGCUAAAGAGGAGAAGGAGCGCAAGAGGAAGGAGAAGGCGGUGGCCAAGGCCGAGUUUCCCAAGGAGGGCCUGGAGAAGAAGAGCCGGAAGAUUCUGGACAUUCCCUCCAAGUACGACUGGUCCGGAGCGGAGGACUCCAACGACGAGAACGCUGUCUGCGCCGCCAAGAACUGCCAGCGGCCGUGCAAGGAUAAGGUGGACUGGGUCCAGUGUGACGGCGGCUGUGACGAGUGGUUUCAUCAGGUGUGUGUGGGUGUGACGUGUGAGAUGGCUGAGAAUGAAGACUACAUCUGCUCGGCCUGCUCGCAUAAAGCUGCCGCGGCUGUUACAGUGAGAGCAGAGACUGUGGUGAUGUCUGUCCCAGCGCUGCCCCUGACCGACCCUCGGGAGAGCAGUUAACCUCACAAACACACAACCAGCUGUGGCAUCACCUCCUGUGUCCCAUACAUUUAGCUCAUUAUUAUUAUUGUAGUCCUGGAGGAGCCGCCUGGUGAUGCGUCAGGACUGGAUAAACAUGGUCCGGGGAAACCUCUGCUGUUCAGAACCUAAACUAGCUGGAUCUGCUGCGUCACCAUGAGAUCCUGCAGCAGUGAACGUCCUGCUCGGACCGAGUCUGCUCUCAGCAUACGGAGGACGGGGCAUAUAAUGGUUGUAUUUAGUGAAUCUAUUUAUUAUGUAUGUGGAUUUUAAGCAGUUCAUGAUGGGGGAGGUCUUUUUCUCAGCUUUUGUCAAAUAAAAAACGAUGAUUGAUGAUGA